AUGUAUUUGUCUUACCUUUUAGUUGCCUUGUCUUUUCAGAGUGCUCUAAGUACCACUUGCCCGAGAAGAUGCAGUUGUGACCCUGCCCAGUCAGUGCAAUGCUACAGGGCUACAGAGAUCCCCAGAGAAAUUCCAUUUACCACCAGGAGACUCUACAUCAGCCACAGCAAAAUUAAGCAACUCCAGUUUACUGACUUCAGGAGAAUGUCAGUCCUUGAAGAGCUGGUCCUCUCAUGCAGUGGCACAGAAUCAAUAGAAAACAACACAUUCAAAGCUCUGAGCACCUUGAAGUCCCUGGAACUCUGCAAAAAUCAGCUAAAGCAAAUACCCACCUUUCUCCCAUCUGGCCUUGAAGUUUUAAGACUCGCUGACAACUCCAUCAAUGCUCUGCAUGCAUCUGAUUUUGCAGGUUUGAUGAAACUAAGGGUGCUUGAUCUUCGGAACAACUUGAUUGCAACUCUGCCUCCAAGUGCAUUUUCUUCCCUUUACAAUUUACAGAGUCUGAUCCUGGAUGGCAACAACAUGGAAUUUGUGUCUGCACCACUUAGGCUUCCUAGGCUGAAAUAUCUGAGCAUGGCUGAUAAUAAACUGAAUUCAUUCCCAACCAACUUCUUUGCAUCUUUCCAAAGUCUACAUUUUCUCAGCUUAAGUGGUAAUUUUCUGACAAAAGUGCCUCUAGACCUACCUAAAUCCCUGCUGUCACUAAAAUUAGAGAAAAACCAACUUAAAAUGGUGAGACUUCGAGAUGUGAAACAACUAGAAAAUCUGUCUGAGUUCCUGCUGUCAGAAAAUCAGCUGACAUCAAUAGAUGGUGCCCAGCUUCUUCCUAACUUAACAACACUGGAGCUCUCUAAGAACCAGCUCCACACUGUGCCCCUCAGGCUGCCCGGCAGGCUGCAGAAACUCGACUGCAGCAAUAACCUGAUCCAAAGGGUGACAGCACAGGACUUUCAAGGACUCCAAGACCUGAAGCACUUGUUUCUCGACAACAACGCUGUCAGCACGUUUGAGGCGGGAGCUCUCCAGCCGUGUGUGCAGCUUUCCAAUCUGGCGCUGGAACAGAAUCUCCUCAGUUCUAUUCCGCUGAGACUUCCAGAAACCCUUGCUAGGUUGGAUCUAAAAGGAAACGACAUAGAGGACGUUGGAGAGCAAGAGCUAAAGGACUUGAAACAGCUUCAGGUUUUAAAUUUACGGAAUAACAAGAUAUCUCUGUUGGAUCGCAAAAUCUUGGAGUAUUUACCUCGUCUUCGUCAUCUGUAUUUAGAUGGGAACCCUUGGAACUGCACCUGUGACCUUCUCAGAACCAGAAGAGCACUGGUGGCCAAAGGGACGGAUGUCCGGGGAGGGCAGUGUGCAGCGCCGGCACAAAGCCGAGGAGAAAGCUGGAUGUCUUCCAAGAAGAUUCUGCAGCAGUGCGAAGACAAUCUGUCUUCCAUGGAAAGAGGCAGAGAGGACAGAAAGAAAAUGAAACCCGAUGAGGCCUCCAGUGUUGGAGUGAACACAGAUGAUGAUUACUACGAUUAUGAAUUAGAUUAA